UUCCGAACCUAUGUGGCGGUGGCUUAACUGAUAUUUUUUUCUUUUAACGUGAAGCUCGUCGGUUCUAUUGAAGCCGGCGUCUUCUGAAGAGGUCCUUUUAUCCCCCGCUCGUCCCUCUGCGGAGGUUGACGGGCGUGGUUGAUUCUGAGCAGAGACAAAAUGUCCCUGUAUACAUCGCCGCCACCGCUCCAUACUCCCGAUCAAGACAAACCAACGCUUCUGGUUUGUUGGUGGAUCACAUUAUUUUGUACCACGAUAAUUCUGUUGCGCAUCGCCGGCCGCUUCGUCAGAUCUGAGAAGCUGUUUAGGGAGGACAAGACGGCUGCGCUAGCCAUCAUUCCGUUAUAUUUGCGCAUGGGAUGUGUUCACGUCAUUCUUAUCUACGGAACUAACAACGCACACUUCACCGAGUUAACCGCCGAAGAGAUUCAUAAGAGAUCCAUCGCCAGUGGGUUGGUCCUCGCCAGCCGGAUCUUCUAUGCAGCUACGCUUUGGAUUCUUAAGAGCGCCAUCCUCGAAUUCUUCAAACGCUUAACGAGUACCACCUGGAAUCGCUCUCAUGGAAUAAUCUUGCUUAUUAUACGAGCUACUCUGGUCCUAACGUUUGUGGCUAUCGUGAUAGCCGAUUUAACAGAAUGCCAGCCAUUUACCCAUUAUUGGCAGGUGAUGCCCGACCCCGGAGGCCAGUGUCGUCAAGGUUACGUCCAACUCAUCACGAUGGCGACUUGCAACAUCACGACAGAUCUCCUCCUCGUUAUCUACCCGGUUCCUAUAAUCCUCACAAGUGCUAUGAAUACCAAGAAAAAGAUUCAACUGACCUUGUUGUUCUCAACGAGCCUAAUCGUUGUCGGAACCACCGGAUACCGAAUUCCUCGAAUAAUUCGUCUCCAUGGAAAUCAGCAGAUCCGGUCUCUACUUGCCUCUGUCGAGCUGCUAUUCGCCACAGCCUCCGCUAAUACGUUGGUGCUUGGGUCCUUCGUCCGAGAUAGGGGUGUGAAAAAGUCUCGUUACAGGCAUAAUUCUGGGCCUCCAGAAUCCAUCGACCGCUCAUCUGAUCGGAGACCUACGCUUCAGAACCAUUGGGGGAGUGACGAAGAUUUAGUGAGAGGUCUAGGGCUUGGUGUGGACCGCGAAAUUCGCCUUGCCGCAAAACAGCAAGAUCAGGGAGAUGAUCGCACAAAAUCCAUUACGGACAUGGAGAGCUGGAAUUUUCCUCGACGAAAUCCAAGCAGUGCUACACGUAGUGACGAUUCCCUAUUAGGCCGGGAUCAACUAACUUCAUCACGGAGCAACUCUACCUUAACUCCUCGCAGGGUUUCUUUCUUCGAUGUCGGCGGUUUGCUGGACGGUGAGCCGUCUCGGAGCGUACGGGAUAGCUACAAUUCUAACGUCGAGCCGCCAUCACCACUCUCUCCCGCCUCUCCUUCGACUACUAUGCAAGCAUCUACCAAUGGCUUCCGACGAGGGUCUCAAGUAUUACUACAGGAUUUCGGUGGUUUUCUUAGCCCAUUUACGGCUAGACAAUCUCGAUCGAGUUCCAGAAAUGGUACGGAACUAGAAUCAAUCCCACAAGACCCUAAAGAACCAAACUACGCUUCUACCGAUAGCCGUGGAAACUCGAACGAAACAGAGCAAAGAAUGAAAAACUUGGAGCGUCUCCCUGAGACGAACAUUGUGCGUUGAUGAUGUUUUAGGGGAAGGCUCGGGAACUCAUCGUUUACGGAUGCUACUUAAUCGAUUCACAUGCGAUUCCGACUCGAUCCACACUGCAACUUCUAUACAAUACCACACUGGUAGCCUCAGCAAAUAUCGAAACAAUAGUCACAUUACGAUACUUAGUGUCGUUAUCCUUCGUCAUCUCUUACAAAGCUCCGAAUCAGCAAGGCAGAAGAAU